UUAGUUCUGAGUGGCUCGAUCUCCACGCUGAUUGGUCAGUGCCUCCCAUAGCAGUUGGAAAAUGUUUUGCAUAUCAUCCCUGCCUAGAGUGAACAAUAUUAGCAAAGACACCAGAAAGAAAUAAUCUUGGCCUGUUUAUCAAACGUGCACCCCGUGUUUCACCACCCCACCGUCAUCUCCAGCUUCAGGGUAGUCCCUGGUUCACUUAAUAGAAAGGGACUAUUUGCCGUUUUCCUGGCCAUGAUGAUAGAAAGAAAGCAAGGAGAAGUUUGUGGGGGUAGCUGAGAAGGAACUCCAUCACUCUUCCUGAGAGAACAAUCAAAGGAGACAGCACGUGGCGCCUGGACUGCUAGAAAUCACUUUGUGGCCCUAAGGAGCGUCAGCCUAGAGGAGAAGCAGAAAGGAGAGCUGAAGCCACCAGCGACCAUGGCGCAGUACAAGGGCACCAUGCGCGAGGCCGGCCGGGCCAUGCACCUGAUCAAGAAGCGCGAGAAGCAGAAGGAGCAGAUGCAGGUGCUGCGCCAGCGCAUCGCCGAGGAGACCAUCCUGAAGUCCAAGGUGGACAAGAAGUUCUCGGCUCACUACGACGCCGUGGAGGCCGAGCUGAAGUCGAGCACGGUGGGCCUGGUGACGCUGAACGACAUGAAGGCCAAGCAGGAGGCGCUGCUGCGCGAGCGCGAGAGGCAGCUGGCCACGCGCGCGCAGCUGGAGGAGCGCCGGCUGCAGCUCGAGAUGCUCCGGGACGAGGAGCGCAGGCGCGAGCGCAAGCGCAAGAUCUCCUGUCUGUCCUUCUCGCUGGAUGACAACGAUGACCAGGGCGGCGCGGCUGGGGCCGGCAAGAGCCAGAGAAACCUGGGCAAGAACCCCGACGUGGACACCAGCUUCCUGCCGGACCGCGACCGCGAGGAGGCGGAGAACCGGCUCCGGGAGGAGCUGCGCAGGCAGUGGGAGGCCAAGCGCGAGAAGGUGAAGGCCGAGGAGGUGGAGAUCACCUUCAGCUACUGGGACGGCUCGGGCCACCGGCGCACGGCGCGCAUGAGCAAGGGCAGCACGGUGCAGCAGUUCCUGAGGACGGCGCUGCAGGGGCUGCGCAAGGACUUCCCCGAGCUGCGCUCGGCCGGCGUGGAGCAGCUCAUGUACAUCAAGGAGGACCUCAUCCUGCCGCACUACCACACCUUCUACGACUUCAUCGUGGCCAAGGCCCGGGGCAAGAGCGGGCCGCUGUUCAGCUUCGACGUGCACGACGACGUGCGGCUGCUUAGCGACGCCACCAUGGAGAAGGACGAGUCGCACGCGGGCAAGGUGGUGCUGAGGAGCUGGUUCGAGAAGAACAAGCACAUCUUCCCCGCCAGCCGCUGGGAGCCCUACGACCCCGAGAAGAAGUGGGACAAGUACACCAUCCGCUGACGCCCGCCGUGCCGCCCCACGCCCUCCGCCCUCGCCGGCGGUGACUCGCCAGAACAGGAAACGGGCGGGGGCAGUACCCAGGCUUCUGUGCCCUGUCCUUUCUAACUUAACUCGGUGACCCCCAUUUCUUUCCUGCAAUCUAAUAAAGACAGCCGGCUUGCACCGUCCGAGUCCAUUGCUAA